UAAUCUGUACAUGGGUUUGAGACUUGCACGCCAAUCCAUCCAUUGGUCUUCCUCUCCUCUCAUUUUCAAAUCACCCUUGCUUCCUUGGUCUAAUAAAUACCCUAAGAACCACUCUCUGUCUCUCCCAUUGUCACAACUCACAACAAUGGGUAAGCGAAGUGCAAUCCAUUCAGAGUCAAACCCAAAGCUUCUUCCUGAAGAACCCACUUCUCAACCUGAAAACCCAUCUUCCUCCUCCAAAACCCCCCUUCCACCCCAAAAAAUCAGAAAACUAUCCUCCAAAAACAACAAGUCUCAACAGCCAGAGCCAGAGCCACAGGUCCCUAAUUCAGAAGACACUACCAUUACCAAACCCAGCGACCCAACCCCAUCUGAGGCCCCCAAUACCCUUUUGCCCAUAAUAUCUGUAAACCCUUUAACAAUCGAAGGCGAAAUCGAUCUUGCCCUUAACCAUUUGCGCAGCUCCGAUCCACUCCUCACCUCCCUAAUCGAUUCGCAUCGUCGUCCUUCUUUCGAAUCUGAACCUUCACCACCAUUCUUAUCCCUCACCAAAAGCAUUCUCUACCAGCAACUCGCUCCCAAUGCUGCCAAAGCAAUCUACAAACGCUUCGUCUCUCUCUGUGGCAGCGAGUCCGAGGUUGUCCCCGACAAUGUGCUGGCACUCGACGCCGCCGAGCUCCGAAAGAUCGGAAUCUCCGGUCGGAAAGCGACUUACCUUCAUGACUUAGCGAACAAGUACAAAGAUGGGGUUUUGUCGGACUCUUCGAUUCUCGAAAUGAACGAUGAGUCGCUGGUUACAAAGCUAACGUUGGUGAAGGGAAUUGGGGUUUGGUCGGUGCACAUGUAUAUGAUAUUCUCGUUGCAUAAACCAGAUGUUUUACCGGUUGGAGAUCUUGGAGUGAGGAAAGGCGUGCAGCGUUUGUAUGGGCUAAAAGAGUUGCCAUUGCCUUUGCAGAUGGAGGAGAUUUGUGAGAAGUGGAAGCCUUAUAGGUCUGUUGGGUCUUGGUAUAUGUGGAGGCUUAUGGAAGCCAAAGGGGAUGUUGAUUCUGCCUAAUGUACCUGUCUUCUUGUACUAUCUUAGUUUCUUGUAUUGUUGUACUAUCUUAUCAGUUUCUUUUACUCUUGCUUGUUUAUGAAAAAACCAAAAAAAAAAAAAAGGUUGUUUAUAUGGUUGUA